UGGUAUAUAUAGAUGGCAGUCUCCCACCCAAAGCGACACCGAUCCGUGGCCCUAAGAUCCCGGAAGUGUUGCUCAUGCCCCGGAAGCAAUUCUUCAGGUCGCAAGGGUCCGACGCCUCACGUACGCACUGAGACGUAUAGCUGAGCGACUGCAGCCGCAAGCGAGAUGCCGGUGGCCGUGGGUCCGUACGGGCAGUCCCAACCAAGCUGCUUCGACCGCGUGAAGAUGGGCUUUGUGAUGGGUUGCGCCGUGGGCAUGGCGGCCGGGGCGCUCUUCGGCACCUUUUCCUGUCUCAGGAUCGGAAUGCGGGGUCGGGAGCUGAUGGGCGGCAUUGGAAAAACCAUGAUGCAGAGUGGUGGCACUUUUGGCACAUUCAUGGCGAUUGGGAUGGGCAUCAGAUGCUAACCAGUGCAGUGGUUGCCUAGUUUGUUUACCCUCUCCCACCAGUUGUAACCCAUGUACUAUAAUAAAACAGUCUUUGAGUAAUCAGA